AUGGCUACCAAACAGCCAUUAAAAACGACAUUUGACGUCAGUCAUGUCAUUCGGCCUAUAUUUACGGGCGGCUCCAUUGCCAUUGACACUGAAGCUAAAAUUCUUGCUACAACUCUGGGCGAAGAUGCCGUCUUGACGAACCCCGCCAACGGCAAACACCUUGCGCAAGCUGAGGGUGAUGGCGAAUUGAUUUCUACGCUAACUUUGACGCCAUCCGGCUCGCACCUCGUUCUUUGCUCCCGGUCGCUAUCAAUGAGAAUUUUCUCUCUGAAACGCUCUUCCGAUGACGAUACGAUCAAAGCGACCCUUAUCAGAACCCUGAAGCCACAUGGCACUCCUGUGGUUGUCUUGGCAGUUGACCGCACAAGCACAUUGCUCGCCACUGGAGGAACUGAUGGAACAAUCAAAGUCUGGGACAUUGCAGGCGGUUAUGUCACCCAUACUUUCCGUGGGCCAUCCGUUUUAGUAUCUGCUCUACACUUUUUUGAGGUCGCUGCUCGAUCAAAGGAUAACAGCCGUUUGCGAAACGCAAAGAAAAACUCAUCGACAGACGACGGCUCCGACGACGAAACCGAGGUUGCCAGCACCGCCAAUUUUAGAUUGGCGUCUGGUAGUCAAGAUGGAAAAGUUCGAAUUUGGGACUUACACAAGCGCAGCUGUGUCGCCAACCUCGACUCUCACGUGUCCGACGUCCAAAAUAUUGACUAUUCCCCUGAGCAGCAGGCUUUGGUAAGCGGCAGCAGAGACAAAACACUUAUUUGGUGGGAUACCAAGUCGUGGAAGAUCAGAAAGGUCGUACCUUGCCUCGAGCUAGUGGAGACGGUUGGAUUUUUGGACGGUGGUCGUCUGACCUACUCGGCUGGUGCGAACGGUUGCGUGCGUAUCUGGGAUACGGACACCGGCAGGGAACUCACCCCGACCCAGUCUGAGAAGAGCGAGGAAGAGGGUAUCGUGGCCGGCAUUCAUCGCCCUGGCUUGCCCUUCAUUCUCUGUGUCCAAGUAGACCAUACGCUUGCGUUCUAUAGAACGCCAAGCAAGGAGGCAGCACCAUCAAUUGGCGCUCAGGAACCAUUUCGCCGCAUCUCAGGUACCCACGAUGAGAUUAUCGAUCUUGGGUAUUUGCUUCCUGACAGAUCUCUGAUGGCCCUUGCAACUAAUUCUGAGGAUAUUCGACUGAUAUCUGUAGCUGAGGCUUCACCGGAAACAACAUCUGCCCCUUGGGAUUCUGACGCGACUCCAUACUUUGGCCAAGAUGUAGCGCUGUUAAGGGGGCACGAAGAUAUUGUGAUCUCUUUGGACAUCGACUGGUCGGGCCACUGGAUUGCCACAGGGGCCAAAGACAACACAGCGCGAUUGUGGCGUGUGGACCCUGCGAAUAACUCCUAUGUUUGCUGGGCUACAUUUUCCGGCCACGCUGAAUCUCUUGGUGCUGUUGCCCUCCCAAAGUCUGUUCCUGCUGAAGGCUCUGCUGCACGAACUAGUCCACUGGAAAACCCACCAGCUUUCCUCAUCACGGGCUCCCAAGAUCAGACGGUCAAGAAGUGGGACAUUCCCCGGAAGCCUCAACAAGAGGGAUCAAAACCUAGAGCCCUCUUCACAAGAAAAGCUCACGAUAAAGACAUCAAUGCCAUCAAUGUUCACCACUCGGGGACUCUCUUUGCCUCCGCAUCGCAAGACAAGACUGUCAAGAUAUGGUCAAUGGAGGAAGGUGAGGUGCAAGGCAUUCUUCGCGGUCACAAGAGAGGUGUCUGGUCAGUUCAAUUUUCUCCAGCUCAGUUGCCCACUAUCCAGGGAGACGAUGGCCCAGUGACUGGCAAGGGAGUCAUUCUUACUGGCAGUGGUGAUAAAAGCGUCAAAAUUUGGAGUUUGGCCGAUUACACAUGCAUUAGAACAUUCGAGGGUCAUUCCAACAGCGUCUUGAAAGUUGCGUGGUUGAACAUGCCAUCCCAACAAGAACAGUCAAAGAAACCGGUGCAGUUUGUCACGGCGGCUGGAGACGGUCUUGUCAAGGUAUGGGAUGCGAACUCCGGGGAGGCAGAAUGCACUUUGGACAACCAUGAAGACAGAGUAUGGGCUGUCGCUGUACACCCCGAAACAAAUGCUAUCGCAUCUGGAAGUGGUGAUUCCACCGUGACAUUCUGGAAGGAUACAACGGCUGAAACUCAAGCCGCCGCCUCUCAAGCGUCGCUGAGGAUGAUUGAGCAGGAGCAAGAGUUGGAAAAUCAUAUUUUUGCAGGGUCGUACAGAGAGGCCAUUACUUUGGCACUUCAACUCAAUCAUCCUGGUCGCUUAUUGAACUUAUUCACGUCGGUCGUUACCAACAGUAAGCCCGAUGUAGGCAGCUUGUGCGGCCUGAAGGCUGUGGACGAGGUUCUUGGCAGCUUGUCUGAUGAGCAGAUUUUCCUCCUACUUCUCAGACUGCGAGACUGGAACACGAAUGCCCGAACAGCGCCCGUCGCCCAGCGAAUUCUGUGGACAUUGGUGAGAAGCUACCCGGCCUCGAAAUUCUCCAAUCUUUCCGUCAAGGGAGCACGAGGGCAAAAGAGUUUGAAGGACGUGCUUCAGGGGCUUCGGGUGUAUACCGAACGUCACUACAAGCGCAUGGAGGAGUUGGUAGACGAGAGCUAUUUGGUGGAAUAUACCCUGCAGGAAAUGGACAGCUUGGCACCAUUGGAGGAUGGAGACGCAAUUGGAAAGGAGCUCGAAGACGGCCAGGGUGAUGCGGUUAUGGUUGGGUAG